AUGUACCAGUCACCACCGCGACGGCCCACUUCUACUCCCAAGCCGACUCCGGUGAAGCGGUUAACUUUACCUACCGCUCCCGUUGAGUCGGCAAUGAAUACAGCUGUUGCCGCGGCUGCUAAGCGGAAAGCCGUCACACCACCAGACGACCACCCUGCUAAGUCGAAGCCGCCUGCUCCAACAAUCCCGCCACCUGCUGCAGAGGAGGACGUAGACCCGUGGGAGUUGGCCUUGGGAAAACUCAAGAGACAAUUCCGGGACUACGUCCAAGGGGAUACAACAGACACGAAGACGUUGAGAGGCCAGAAAUGGAAGCCACUGCCGGAUGGGACUCACUACGAGCUGCACACCCUACGGUUCAACGACGUGACGGGACUUGUUAGUGAACCAGUAAAACGUAAAAAGAUGGCGGAGUCCCAGGGUGAAGCAGACGAUACCGACAACCAGCUGGUCCCUGUGGAGGAAAUCAGUGAAAGACUGGAAGAUCUAUCUCUGACGUCAGCAGACGGUUCUCAUUUGCCAGAAUUAUCUAACUCAUCGCCCAUUGUAUGCGUUGGUCAAACAGAAGAUAUCAAGUCGUCACGUCAGAGAGACCAUCUGAUAAAGAAAAUAGACGACGCUCACGAGGUAUUUAUAAAAACUGAGGGCUUUAAACAUGCUAGAGAUUACUUGGGAGAUGAGCAUCAACAUCAAUUAAUACUUCUUGAUGCCCCAGGAUGCGGUAAAACAACUAUAUCUCUUAUGCUGAUGCGAGAAUACAUAAAGAAAGACUACAGCUACCAUUUCAUAGACUCCAUUGACAACUAUUGUAAUAUUGUCGAUAUGGUGGACACUAACACAUCAAAUAUCUUAGUAUUUGAUGACUUUUUUGGAAGAAGUGGAUUAUUUGACAUUGACAAGUGGAUAAAAGUUCUGAGAGAUCUCGAUGUUAUGUUUAUGAAAGCAGCUGAAGAGACACCACAGAACGUAAAUAAAACUGAUCUGAAAGUUAUUUUCACUUCACGUGGUUAUAUUUUCAAGAAGGCUCAACCAUACCUGGACGAAUAUGCAAACACGAUCAUGAAACAAUCAAAUGUGGUUGAUUUGUCAACAUUUCAUCUAAACGAAACUGAAAGGAAGGAUAUGCUGUUAUCUCACUGUAAGGUUGCAGAAGUAGCAGUGCAAGAUGAUCUUGUUAAGACAAUAGUGAAUCAAACUGAAAACAUUAUUGGCUUUCCGUAUUGUUGUAAGAUGUUCCUAGUGGACAAGAUGUUUCAAAGGCACCCUGAAAAACUUUUCUCUAAUCCCUUUGUCUACUUCAAGAAAAAUUUAAGUACAUUACUGCUAUCUGGAAAUAAUCGAGAACAAGGAGCAGCUUUGGUUCUAACAGUUCUGUUAGAUGGAAAGCUAAAGGUGCCAGAUCUAUAUCCACAAACACGGAAACGCCCUGACAUGGAGGAAUAUAUGAACUGUUUAGUUCAUCUCAGCAUGCCUAACAUGCCAGAAGAGAUUAUCAAGGGUGCAAAGUCCCUGAAUGGUACAUAUUUAAACAUUGAACACAAAACGUAUGUUUUCUGCCACCCAACACUGUAUGACGCCAUUGCAUGUAUUAUGGCAGAACAUUAUCCAAACGUUGUUUUACAGUACUGCACAAUGAAGUUUAUACAAGAAUUUCUUCAGCUACAGACAAAACGUGAAGAAUACACAGCUGUAUCUUCAUAUGAUUACAGUUGUUCUGUUUCUAUUCCUAUCGAACAUUCAGACAUGUUUGUUUGGCGUUUUGUCACUGAAAUAAAUCAGUGCAACUACAGUGAAACACUUCAGCAUGAUGUUCUGAGACAAGAUAAUUUUGUUGACGAACUUAUUGAAAAACUUAGAGAGGAAAGUGCUUUCCCAGAGAUGUUUCACAAAACUGACAAAACACAUGGUCAGAGUUUCCUAUUUUGGGCCACUCUUCUUUCACCACCAUAUAUUGUGAACGUUAUAUUUGGACAUUGCAGCUUUGAGGAAGAUGAAUUACUUGAAGGAUUUCUUGGAUGUGCCAUAAGUGGUAAUACCAGAUCGCUGGAUGUCCUCACUGAAAACUGUACAUCCAGUUUUGUCCUUGAUCGUGUUAGAUCAGCAACAAUUGGAGAUAUACUGCAAACUGAAUCGAAUGCAGAAAAACAUAUGCAUGCAUUGUCUGUUCCAAGUGAGAGAAAGGACCAGAAUUUGUCAAACAAUCCUUUUCUUGGUGGCCAAAACGAUGGUCUUUUACAUCAAGCAAGCAUCCAUGCCCAUUGCGAUGUUGUGAAAAGGUUUCUGAAAUUAGGAUGUCCAGUAGAUGCUCGUGGUGAACUUGGAAGAACUCCUUUAAUGUACGCAAGCAGACUUGGCCAUGAAAAAGUGGCUGACAUACUGCUAAAAGCUGGUGCCGACAUUAAUAUUAUGGAUGAAGAAAGAGCAUGCGCACUUCAUCUCGCUGCUCGUGGUGGACACAUAAAUGUGGCAAAAAUAUUCCUUGAAAACGGUGUCAACAUAAACGAGAAGGGAGAGCAUGAUAGAACGCCGUUGUUAUAUGCUUGCAGAUAUGGAUAUCCCGAAUUUGUAAAGUUUUGUCUCGAGAACGGGGGAGACACCUCAUUGAAGUGUAAUACUGAUUCCUGCUUACAUCUGGCUUGUAAAUCUGGGAAUCUUAAGACAGUGAAAAUUCUUCUAGAUAAGGGCAUGGAUAUUAAUCAACCAGGGCAAUUUAGACGUACACCAAUAAUGUAUGCUUGUCGACAUGGACACUUGGAUAUUGUCAAUCAUAUGAGGUUGAAAGAAGCUGAUUUGAAGGUUGUAGACGAUCGGGGAGAGGACAUAUUCCACCUGUCUGUACUUAGUGGGAAUGUUGAUCUUAUAAAGAAAAUGCUGCCUCGUGAUGCAACCAUAGAAUCUGUAUGUGACUCAAAGCACAGGUCACCAUUUGAAAAGGCAAGCGCAAAGGGGCACUAUGACAUGCUCAAAUAUUUUAUUGACAACAAGAAGGAAUUAGUUCCAGUGCCAUUAUGUCUUAUGUCUGCCUGCUACAAUGGUCACAUGACAUUAAUCAAGAUGCUGAUUGAUAUGGUGGAUGAUAUCAAUGUAAAGGGUGAAAAGGGCCGAACAGCAUUGAUAUGUGCAUGUCUUGGAGGUCAGACAGAAACUGCAGAAUUACUCAUUUCCAAACAAGCUGAUGUCCAUCUUGUCGAUGACUAUGACAUUAACUGUUGGCAGUAUGCCUGUGAGACCGGAAGAGUAGAUUUGGUGAAGCUGCUUCUGAAGCAAAGAUUUACCGUGAACACUCCAUGUCAGAACGGGAUGACGUCUUUAAUGUGUGCCUGCAAACGAAACCAUAAAGAUCUUUUUGAAUUUCUCAUUGAAUAUGAUAGAAAUGCGCUUUAUACACUAGAUAAGUUUGGUUUAACGUGUCUUCAUCACAGCUGUGUUGGAAAACACGACAAUCCACAAAUACUGGAAAUGCUGUUUGACCUUGGGAUGAAUAAUGUCAACUGUAUAGACUAUGGUUUGCAGACACCAGCCAUGUAUGCGAGCAGGAAUGGUCUUAGAAACCUACUUCACUCUCUUGUUGAACAUGGGGCUGACCUGAAGCUGGAGGAUAAAAAUGGACAAACCUGUCUCCAUUAUGCUUGCUUUUCAAAGAAUGAGAAUAUCAUUAGAUAUCUGGUUGGUUGCAGAGUUUAUAUUAACUGUGAGGACAACAAAAAGACGACACCUCUUAUGACGGCCUGUUUCAGAGGAAAUCCUAUUGCAGUUGAUGUUCUGCUUGAGUUAGGUGCUGAUACCACCAAACUGAAUAUCUAUACUGAAGCGUGUGUUCACACGGUGUGCAGAGUAGGACAUGUUCAGGUUGUGGAGGUUCUUGUGCGUCAUGAUGUUGAUAUGGAGAUGAAAGGAAAGUAUGGUCGAACGCCUUUCAUGUACGCGUGUCAGCAUGGGAAGAGUGACGUUGUUGACUACCUACGCGAGGUCAGUGUUGACGUAUUGGCAGAAGAUGAAAAUGGCGCCAAUAGCCUUCACCUCUGUUGUAUGGGUAAGGACAAUGACUGUUCCAUUCCGAGGAAGCUACUUCAGUUUGGUAUCAACGUCAACAGUCGAGAUAAAAAUGGAAUGACUCCUAUUAUGCAAGCAUCUUCUCAUGGAAACUGCCUACUUUUUGAUUUUCUGUAUUCACAAGGAGCAAACAUUGCAUUUCAAGACAGGUGGAGAAAUAACUGUUACUACUUUGCAUUAAAGGGAGGACACAAUGAGCUGGCAGAGAAAAUAAGACAUCUACGCUAA